GCCGUCGCUCUGUCAGAAAUGUCGCGGCUCUAUCUGUCAGCCUUUAGUCCGCUCGCGUUGCUUUGAGCUUCACUGAUCCACUGCAAGCAUGGAGGGUUCCGGGGACGAGUUUAUGAAAUAUCGCUCACCGCUGGUGUCUCGGUACGCUAGUAAAGAAAUGGCUUAUAACUUUAGCGACAGAAAAAAGUUUACCACGUGGAGAAAACUGUGGCUUUAUCUGGCCAAAGCUGAGAAGGAUUUGGGUCUGCCUAUAACAGAUGCCCAGGUGAGUGAGAUGGAGUCUCAUCUUGAGGACAUUGACUUUGUGAUGGCCGCUGAGGAGGAGAGAAAGUUACGGCAUGAUGUCAUGGCCCAUGUGCACACGUUCGCUCACUGCUGUCCCACUGCUGCUCCCAUCAUCCACCUGGGCGCCACUUCCUGUUAUGUCGGAGACAAUACGGACCUGAUUAUGCUGCGUGAUGGAUUUCAUAUCCUGCUUCCAAAGUUGGCUCGUGUCAUUGACAGGUUGGCGAACUUUGCCGAGAAAUAUGCUGAUCUGCCCACUUUGGGUUUUACUCAUUAUCAACCGGCUCAGUUGACCACCGUCGGGAAGCGAGCGUGUCUCUGGCUGCAGGAUCUGGUCAUGGACAUACGCAACCUUCAGCGUGCUAGAGACGACUUGCGCUUCCGGGGGGUCAAGGGAACCACGGGCACGCAGGCAAGCUUCCUGCAGCUCUUCCAGGGUGAUCAUGAUAAGGUGGAAGAGUUGGAUAGAAAGGUCACGGAGAUGGCUGGCUUUAAAAAAUCGUAUUUGGUGACCGGUCAAACAUACAGUCGUAAGGUGGACAUCGACUCGCUCUGCGUGCUGGCCAGCCUGGGAGCCACAUUACACAAGAUUUGCACGGAUAUCCGUCUCUUGGCUAAUCUGAAAGAGAUCGAGGAGCCUUUUGAAAAAGAGCAGAUUGGCUCGAGUGCCAUGCCAUAUAAAAGGAACCCCAUGCGUGCUGAACGCUGCUGUAGUCUCGCUCGCCACCUGAUGGCGCUGGUGUCGGACCCCCUGCAUACAUUAUCUGUGCAGUGGCUUGAAAGAACACUGGAUGACAGCGCUAACAGGAGAAUCUCUCUGCCGGAGUCUUUCCUCACCGCUGACAUCAUUCUCAGCACGAUGCAGAACAUCACUGAAGGACUCGUGGUCUAUCCUAAGGUGAUUGAGAGGCAUAUUCGUCAUGAGCUGCCCUUCAUGGCUACGGAAAACAUCAUUAUGGCCAUGGUGAAGGCUGGAGAAAACAGACAGGACUGUCACGAGAAGAUCAGGGUGCUUUCCCAGCAGGCUGCAGCCGUUGUCAAACAGGAAGGUGGAGACAAUGACCUACUAGCACGGGUUCAAGCUGAUCCAUAUUUUGCCCCCAUACUUGGUCAACUGGAUGCCCUUUUGGAUCCCAAAACGUUCAUCGGCCGAGCCCCACAACAGGUUACAAGAUUUUUGUCUGAGGAAGUCAGACCGGUCAUAGAGCCGUACAAAAGUAAAAUGGAUGUGAAGAUUGAACUGGAAUUAUGAUGCGCGAACAAAUGCACGACUUUGUAUGACCGACAAAUCAAAGCUGUAUGACAAUGAAUAAAUGUUUUGCUCUUUA